AUGUUACUUCUCGCUACAUUGCUCGGUUCGCUCCUCGCUCCACCUAAACCGAUCAGCCGAGAUGGACGCGCAAGAGGAGAGUCAACUUCGGGCGGCUCUUGCUGCGGUCCUUGCCCGGUGCAUCUCAAGGCAGAGGAGCUGCUGAGCAUGGCUGGCCGUGGGUGUCCGGAGCGCUGGGCGGUGGUGUACCUGGCCGUCGAAGAGUUCGACAAAAUUGCAGGUUUCCUCGGGAGGCAGGAAUUUGUUCCCACGUUCCGAAUCUUCUACCAUGACAGCAAGACAGGAUUUACCUCGGUCCAUCUCAACCCCUCGAGGUCGCACUAUGCCUUGCAGUACUGCAUCUACCGCGGGAUGCAGAAGCGUAUGGAUUCUACAUUCUGGCGCAACCAACCCAUGCACGAGAUGCAACGCGUGUACAAGUUGCGGUCGUACACGGCGGCACAACCAGACUUUUCUUUCCUCCCACACGAUCUUGGCAUAGCGAAGCAACAUUUCCCAACUUUUAUUAUGGAAACCUCCUGGGAAUUGACACUGGACGAGCUUCGGGCCAAGGUGAGAUGGUGGUUUCGCGCGACGCGGGGAUCGGUCCGCGUUGCGCUCCUGGUGUGCGUCGAGCCCGGCCCCAGAGGUUGCAUUAUUAUCGAAAAGUGGUCGGCGGCUCGAGCAGACUCGACCCUCAAGGAGUUGUUCAUCCCAACAAGGAAGCGGUUGAUCAGGAUAACCCCGGCCACGCCCGACUACGACUCAAACGGCGACCCCGUCGCCACUCGAUCAAAGCCCGCAAGGGUUACCGGCGGCCCACUCGAAAUCAAGUUUGACGACGUGAUGCUCAGAGAGCGGAGUCUACAUUUGAGGGAGCCAACAAGAUUCGUCUUCAGGGACCAGUUCUUCCAGAAGUAUGCAACCGAAGUGUGGACCCACGCAGAGCGGAGGUACACCCGCCAGUCCACGGUCACUUGA